CUUCCUUCUUCUUCUUUGUGAAAACUCGAAGCAGUUAGAGGAACAAAAACCCAGAGGCUUUGAAUUGAGAGAAGCCUGAUUUUCAAGAACCCUAAAUUACCCCAUCAUUUUCUUCUCGAUCUUUUCCUUCGUCCUCUUCCAAAUUUCCAUAAUCUUUAUGUAAAUGCAUCUGAAAAAAUCAUCUGGAACAGAAAGACGAUUAAUCGGGAAAGAAACCGCCGGUUGUUUAUCCUCCGAUUCGGAUCCUAACCCAAUCCCUAAUCCGAUUCACCAUCAUCCUUGUCCUUUCCAACUUCAGAGCCUAGAUAAAUCCCCAUGUCGAACCGCCAUUGAUUCAGGCGCAGGCUUCACUGUGUAUAAUCAUCCGCAAGGUCAGAGUCAUUUCACGGUUGAUAUCCCGGAUUCAUCGCCUCAAAUCCCAAUCUCGACUCCGCACAAAAGGUCUGUGGUGGCUCAACCGUCUAAUACGUUUAAUCACGCCGCCGGCGUUGACAAUUUCCGACGAAGAGGCGCCAGAGCACGCUUGGGAUCGAUUUCUUCUUUCUUCCCGUCGAAUCUUUUGUCUUUUCUAUCAUCGUAUCGAUUAACGCUACCGUUCGCGACUGAUCGGUUCGUGAGGAAGCUCCUCCGCCAUAUCCUUCGAGCCCGUUUGAUUUGUUUCCACCUUCGUUUCCUGCUGCUUCUCGCCGUCCCUCCUUUAUACGUCUUCUUUCUCGUAAUCAGCUUCCGUAUCUUUCUUCUGCUAGUCUUUGCGAGUAUCGCUCUCUCCUUCGUCCUCGCGCUCUCUCUCAAAUUCGCUCUACCUCACUUACCCUCGAUCCGCCUGUUUAUCGCUCGACUGUUGACCCUCAAGCUUAUCCCCGACAGAUUCUCUUCCUCUCUGCCGAGCACGAAGAAAGUUGUUUGGUCAAUCGGCUCGAAGCCAGUCGCGGAGAGUAAGACCAGCUCAGGCUCUUGGGUUCAGAAGUAUGGCACCAGUGAUGUGUAUGAGGGAGAGUUUCACAGAGGCAAGUGUUCAGGAAGUGGAGUUUAUUACUAUUCCAUGAAAGGCAGAUACGAAGGAGAGUGGAUUGAUGGGAAAUAUGAUGGGUAUGGAGUAGAAACAUGGGCUAAAGGAAGUAGGUACCGAGGUCAAUACAGGCUUGGGCUAAGACAUGGAAUCGGAGUGUAUAGAUUUUUCACAGGAGAUGAGUAUGGUGGUGAGUGGUCCAAUGGGCAGUGCCAUGGGUGUGGUGUAUAUACCUCUGAGGAUGGAAGUAGAUAUGUUGGAGAGUUCAAAUGGGGUACCAAACAUGGCCUUGGUCGUUACAAUUUCAGAAAUGGCGAUGCAUAUGCAGGGGAGUACUUUGCAGACAAGAUGCACGGUUUCGGAGUGUAUAAAUUCGAAAAUGGGCAUAAGUAUGAAGGAGCUUGGCAUGAAGGAAGAAGGCAAGGGCUCGGUAUGUACACUUUCAAGAAUGGUGAGACACAGGCUGGUCAUUGGGAAAACGGUAUUCUCAGUUGUGCUAGCGAGCAGACUAUCCGUCCUGGAUCAUCUUUUACAAUCAGCCAUUCCAAAGUUGUUGACGCUGUUGAGAAAGCAAGGAAAGCAGCUGAGAAAGCAGGUGAAGUUGUGAAAGUGGAAGAGAGAAUCAACAGAGUGGCGAUGGCUGCAAACAGAGCUGCGAAUGCCGCUAGAGUCGCGGCCGUGAAGGCUGUCCAAUCACAAACCUUUCACAGGAGUUAGCAUCAACAUAUGUUAAAAAUCUCAUAGGUCAUUUAGUUUUUGCUCUUUUUCUUUUACUAAGCUAGUUUCAAACCUUUUAGAUAUAUGAGGCCUUUAGAUAACAGAAAAGGUAUCUUUGUAAAUCACAACAAUACAGUUGGCUAUGAUCAUGGAUUGCCACUGGCAUUACACAAUCUCAAACUUGUAGCCAAACUUCAUUAAACAAGUAGAAAUCUGGUCGAUCAGUUUUAUAACCGAAGAUCGGCUUAUGAUAAGGCGGUCUAUGAUCAAAUCUGUAUCUCUUCUUGUUUGUCUAUCUGUAUUUCUUCUUGUUUGGAAACAAGAUACUGAAAUACAC